AUGAAGGUCUUCGUAGCAUUGGUGGUGAUCUUCUGUGUUUGCAAUGCCAAGCCAUUGCUGAAAAGGAGCAGACAAGAGGUUGAAGAUUUCAUAAAUAACAGUAGCAAGGAUGAAAUCAGGCAAAAAGUUGGAGAAAUAGAAGACUGGAUUAAUGGCAUGAUCGCUGAAGGAGCCAAACUGAUGGCAAAUGAAGAUCUCUUCAACGACGACUUGGAACCUAUUCCAGAAUUGGACAAAGCAAUGUAUAUGCUUAAGAAUGAGGUCGGUCCUGCACUGAAAGAUCUCCCAGAACUCGAUAAAGAGAAGAAGAUGAUGUUUUUGGAUAAAUGCAUUGCCACUGCCGAAAACACUGAUUUCGAUGCUAUGGACAGUGACAAAGAUAGGCUAACCGCUCUCACUCGCCAAGUUUUCGACUGCGCUGGAUCCGGAUUGACCAUCAUUUCCGCCGCCCUUGAUAUCUCCUCUAUGGAUGAUGCCGAUUUGACCGUUGAUGGUUUGGCUGACCGAAUCGAUAUUAUUGAGGCUACAUUCCUGGAGAUGGGUCAUCUAGCUAAGUGGGUUCUUGGUUUCAUCAAAAAGGUAGAAAAUGGAGAUUAUGACAGAGCUUUUGAUUUGGGAAGACGCGGGUCAAAGGAAGAAUUUAUAGAAAUGAUUAAACAAUCCAGCCCACAAGAAAUCCGUGAAGGCGCUGCUGAAAUAGAAGACGGAUUGGAAGAUGCUAUCGAAGUUAUAAACAAAAUGAUCGAACUCGGAGGAAUUCUGGGUGAUGACCUUAAACCAACAGCUGCAUUCAAAAAACUCGAAAAGCAACUGAAUCGCGAUGAGGAGAAGGAGAAAGAAAUCAUGGAUCAGCUUCCAGUAUACGACGAGAACAAAGGAUCUCUUUUCCUUGACGGCUGUAAGAAAAAUGCCAUGAAUACAAAUUUUGACGCUUUUGACAAUGGCAAGGAUUUGAUGAACGAAGUGUUCCAACAGGUGCUCGUCUGUGGAGCCACUGGUCUGGAGGUGAUGAAGGAACUCGUCGACCUUGAAGAUAUGGAUGAUGAAGACCUAAAUCUUGCCGGUCUUGCCGAUCGUUUGAAGAAGUUGGAACAGGCAGCAGUUGAGAUGAAAGCGCUUGGCAAAUGGACCGAAGAUUUCGUUAAGCGUGCUUCGGAUCCCGCCUUUAAGGGGAACGGAGAUGACCUCGUAGGCUUGAAAGAAAGAGGCUUCGGCGGCAAAAAAGACAAAUCUGGUUCUAAAGGAUCAAAGGGAGGCAAAAAGCCAACCUGGGGACCAAAACCAACCAAAGGGCCAAAGCCAACCUGGGGACCAAAACCAUCCAAAGGGCCAAAACCAUCCAAAGGGCCAAAACCAACCUGGGGACCAAAACCAACCUGGGGACCAAAACCUACUGGAGAAGCAAAGUGGGACCGAAGAACCCUCUUGCUUCGCAUACAGAGUGCAUUGAAAAGUUAUAAUAAGGCAUAG